CAGCGAGUUUGCAACGCAUGCGCGCGCACCCGCACACUCCUCCCGCGGCGUCAGCAUCGCUGCGUCCGCUCGCAACUGCAAGGAGAGAGAGAGAGAGAGAGAGAGAGAGAGAGAGAGAGAGAGAGAGAGAGAGAGAGCCCAGCUGCCUCGGUGCGCGCUCGCCGGCCGUGAGGGGAAGGAGGAGGGAGGAGGAGCCGGCAGCGCGGGGAAAUGCUGGCCGUUCCCGUGGCGGAUCGUGCUGUUCUCUUGGCGCGAUUGGCCCUAGGCGGUGACUGCAAGGUCCGAUCCUGAGGCGGACGGCGACUCCGAGAGGGCUGCUAAUUUCUUCGUUGCCGACGCCGUGAAGGUCCGGAUUCUCUUCCCCGCACCAUCUGCGUUGGUUCUUUCAGUCCUGGGCUGCGGACGGGGAGGCGCACGGCGCGAAUGGAGCUUGCCUCUGGUUCCAAUAUUCCAACUUGGGAUGGCUUCUUGCGACUUGCGAGGAGUGAUGCACUGAUGGGGAGUCUUGUAUUAUAACUCCGCUUUGUCCUUAUUCUUCCAGCCGAUCCUAACAAUGUGGCAUCUCAGGCUUAUAGCAUUUCUUUCUGUUUCUCUGUUCUUUAUGCACCUUCCUUGUGCCAGAGGUGCUGACCUGAACUCCGAUAAGCUGGCCCUUCUUGCAUUUGCUGCAUCUCUGCCCCAUGGCAGAAAGCUCAACUGGACCCUAACAACCCAAGUCUGCACAUCCUGGGUUGGGAUUACGUGCACACCUGACCGGAAGCGCGUGCGUGAAGUCCGGCUACCUGCAGUAGGGCUCUUUGGUCCUCUCCCCGCGGGUAUACUUGGCAAGCUUGAUGCACUACAGGUGUUGAGCCUUAGGUCAAAUCGUCUUACUAUUAAUCUCCCUCCUGAUGUAGCAUCCAUUCCUUCUCUGCGCGCUCUAUAUCUUCAGCAUAACAAUUUGUCCGGAAUUAUACCAAGUUCACUGUCUUCCAGUCUAACAUUCUUAGAUCUGUCAUACAACUCAUUUGAUGGAGAAAUCCCAUUGAAAGUGCAAAAUAUCACUGAACUAACUGCAUUGCUUCUCCAGAACAAUUCUCUUUCUGGACCCAUCCCCGACCUUCACCUCUCCAAAUUGAGACAUUUGGAUUUGAGCAACAAUAACCUGAGUGGGCCUAUACCACCUUCCCUGCAGAAAUUCCCAGCCAGCUCUUUCUUAGGAAACGCUUUUCUAUGUGGAUUCCCACUGGAACCAUGUCCUGGAACUGCACCUUCUCCCUCUCCAAUGUCACCCUCGCCUCAAAACACCAAAAAAAGCUUCUGGAAAAAGCUUAGCCGUGGUGUCAUAAUUGCAAUAGCUGCUGGAGGAGGGGUAGUACUAUUGAUUUUGAUCAUCGUCCUCUUCGUAUGCAUUUUCAAAAGAAAGAAAGAUGGAGAGCCUAGCGCAGCAGCAUCUUCAUCCAAAGGAAAGGCUGUUGCAGGUGGAAGGGCAGACAAAUCCAAGGGAGAAUACAGCAGCGGUAUUCAAGAAGCAGAGAGGAAUAAAUUAUUUUUCUUUGAGGGAUGUUCAUAUAAUUUUGACCUGGAGGAUCUGUUGAGGGCUUCAGCUGAAGUCCUUGGAAAAGGAAGUUCUGGGACUACCUACAAAGCUGCUCUCGAGGAUGGCACAACAGUGGUGGUCAAGAGACUGAAGGAAGUGGUGGCGGGAAAAAGGGACUUCGAACAGCAGAUGGAGCUAAUUGGCAAGGUUGGCCAGCAUCAGAAUGUUGUCCCAUUGCGUGCUUACUAUUACUCCAAGGAUGAGAAGCUCUUGGUGUAUGACUAUGUCCCACCGGGUAGCCUUUCUGCUGCUUUGCAUGGGAAUAAAGCUGCUGCAAGAACUCCAUUGGACUGGGAGACAAGAGUAAAAAUAGCUCUGGGUGCUGCACGCGGGGUGGCUUAUCUGCAUGCUGAAGGUGGCGGGAAGUUCAUCCACGGAAACAUCAAGUCAAGUAACAUCCUUAUUUCACAGGAACUCAGUUCUUGCGUCACCGAGUUUGGCCUUGCCCAGCUCAUGGCCACGCCUCAUGUUCACCCACGGCUCAUCGGAUACCGUGCUCCCGAGGUCCUCGAGACCAAGAAACCAACACAGAAAUCUGAUGUCUACAGCUUUGGCGUACUGCUCCUUGAGAUGCUAACAGGUAAAGCCCCUCUUAGAUCUCCCGGUCGCGACGAUUCCAUCGAGCACCUCCCCAAGUGGGUGCAGUCUGUGGUUCGAGAAGAAUGGACGUCAGAGGUUUUCGAUGUCGACUUGUUAAGGCACCCGAACAUCGAGGAUGAGAUGGUGCAGAUGCUCCAUGUUGCAAUGGCAUGUGUUGCUGUUCUUCCUGACCAGCGGCCUCGGAUGGAGGAGGUGGUCAGGAGGAUCGAGGAGAUCCGGACAUCUUACUCAGAGACAAGGACGUCCCCUGAGGUCUGACAAGAAGAACGAGGAACUCUUCUAAAUCACUUAAUAGCACAGCAAUAAUAUGCCAUCUAGACAAAAACAGGUUUGACAGUUUCUGCCUGCAAAGCUGAUAGCUCUGUGUUUAGUGUCCAGUGAAGCUUUGCUGUUGAUUUCUGAUCAUUCUUUAGUAAAUUUAUUUUCCAUUCAUGGCUUCAUGAUGUUGCCCUGGUGAUUGUUUCGUUUCAAUAGCUCUGCUGAACGCUGAUCAUCAUAGGGUGCCAAUUUAUCAUCGUUCUGCAAAAUUCGAUCUGAGAUGGACUCUAUGAAUUUCGAUUUAUUGAAUGAGCAUUCUGUUUGUGCCA